AUGGCUACGUCCAUUACCGAGGCUCAGGCCGAGCUGAUCAACUCGUUGGCUCCCGACGAUAUCCCCCACAAACUGCGAUGCGCCAAUUGCAGCAAGCUGGCCGUCAACGCCCUCCGCCUGCCAUGCUGUGAACAGGCCAUCUGCGAAACCUGCCACUCAAACCUCCCCCAGUCGUGCCCCGUCUGCGAGCACUCUCCGCUAUCCGCAGCAGACUGCAACCCUAACAAGUCUCUGCGGACCACCAUCAGGGUGUUUCUGCGUACCGCGGAGAAGAAGCGAGAAGCCUCUCGGCCCAAAGAAUCCAACGAGUCCGCGCCCCCCACGCCGGUUGAUGCGCCGAAGCCGUCGGUGCCCGAAGCCGAUGUCGCUACUCCGAUAGAAGGACCGGCAGAGAAGGCGGUCGAUGCCGGCGAAGAAGGACCUGCGCAAGAAACGGCGCCGCAGAGCGCUGACGAACCGGCCGCUGGCUACGAGCAGGAUCAGCAGGAAUCAGCACUAGACAAUGCGCAAGAACCGUUGCUGUCGAACGAGCAAUCAGAUGUCGUUGAAGCCCAGGGCGCCGAAGGCCCAGCUGAUGAAGCCGAUGACGCGACCAAGAGCCAAGAGCAAGACGGCGCGGGCGAAGGCGACGAUGGCGCUGGCCAAAUUGGCAACGACCAAGAGCAGUAUGGUGCAGAUGCAACCAAUGGUGGCUUCCAGCAGAACAUGAUGUUCCCCGGCGGCGAUUUCAACCAGAUGCAAAUGAUGAUGGCUAUGCAAAAUGGAAUGGGGCCGAAUUCCUUUGGCGGGUUUCCUAUGAUGGGUAAGGACUCCCGUCGCCCGUUUUACAGACUCGUUCAGACGACUGACAAUGAAGCAGGCAUGCCGGGGAUGGGCAUGGACCCGAUGCAGAACAUGUACAUGAACGGAGGCUUUCAAGGCAUGGGCAUGAACGGCAUGGGUGGCUUUGGAGGAGGUUUUGGACAAGGCUCCAAUGAGAACUGGAACGGUGCACAGUCAUGGAAUUUCGACCAAAAUAAUUACAAUCAAAAUGGCCCAGGCAUGGGAACUGGUGACUAUGGGAACUUUAACUCAGGAUUCCAGACAGGAUACAAUCAAGGUAAUUAUGGCCACUUCAAUGAUUAUCGUCGCAACAACUACGGCCGGGGCCGCGGCCGUGGGCGCGGAUUCUACGGAGGCUACGGCCGGGGCGGUUACCAUCAGCACCCCGGUGCCAUGAAUCACUAUCAGGACCAGGGCCAAUACUCCCAGUACAACCAAGGACAAGCGGCAGCAGCCUUCCAGGGCCAGGGGGAAGCUGGGCAGCAACCGACAUCCACGACGGCAAGUGCUCAGGUUGACGAGGGUGCCAACGAAGGCGCAAGCCAGAUCAAGGCAUCAGAGAGCGAAGCGGGCGCCGACACCGACGGGCCUAAGCAGGAUGACUUGGACUCUGCAACUCGCGAGGUGCCAGGCAACGACGCGUCCUCCGGCGGCCCUGUGCGCCCAUCAUCAGCCCAGCCAGACGGAUCAAGUGUACAGAACCGAAACGGUGUGGCGGCCAUCCGCUCCAUCUUGUCCGCACCGGACGCUCCGAUUAAUGCUCCCAAGGGCCCGAAAGCCAUGCGCCAGGGACUGCCCAACACCAGCCUGCUGAAUCUGCGAGCACGGGGCUUCCAGAUCGAAGACAGCGGUCUGCCAGUGCAAAAGGCUGCUACCAUGCCAUCUCAGCCGUCGCAGGGGCCGCCGUCGAAUCCAGCUACUCAGCCGGGCUCUAGAAGUAGUACCCCCAACCUGGACAAAUUGCGGGAUCGUGAUCCUCAUCGUGAUCGCAGCAGGGAGCACUUCAGGAGGCACGAGAAGCUUGACCGAGGCGGGGAGAUUGAAGGAUCACAAGGCGCUCAGGAAAAAGACCGGGAUCAAGAGCGAGUAGAUCGUGCCCGAGACCGAGAGCCCGAGCGCUCUGGCUCAAGGGUCAGUAGUAGGAGCCGAAGCCUAGACCGCAGCAGCCGCAGCCCGAGCCGCAGUCGCGGCCAUAGGAGCUCGCACAGACGGCAACGGCGCCAGCGCUCUGAGUCUGCAGGCAAGGAGGACAAGGACGACUCUCAUCGCCGGAGGAAGCAUCGGAGCAGCAGGAGACACUACUACGACGACGAAGACGAACAGCCGUCGCAACGAGCCAAGGAUGAAAAAGGGGGCGAUAGGUCCAGAUCAGCCUCGCCCGAUGAUGCUAAACGCUCAAGCCACCGCAGCCGCAAGGACAAGGACAAGGAUCGAGACUAUGAGCGGCGCAAGGACAAGUACAGAGACGAGGAGGACGACCAUCCGAGAUCCGGCCACCGUUCUUCACACCGUGACCGGGGAGACUAUGAGUAUUCGUCGAGGCGUCACGACAAGGAGCGCGAGCGCGACAAGGAUAGCAGCAGUAGCCGCAAGGAUAAGGAUCGCAAGGACCGAUACCGAGACCGUGAGCGUGACCGAGACCGAGAUCGCGACCGAGAGCGCGAUCGAGACAGAGGCCGAGACUACAGCAGCCGGCACGGCAGCGGCAGCAGGAAGCAUUCGGCUGAUGGCAACGCCACCCCAGGCGGCGACAAGGGUUUUGACCCCCCUACGGGCCCGCGUGGCCCUCGUGCUGCCGGGGGCAGCUCGUCUGCCGCGCAGAAAGACGCGCACACCCUGGAGCGCGAGGCGCGGAACCGCGAGCGCCUGCUGAAAGAAGCCCAGCGCAUGGCCGGGCUCGCAGGCCUGGCCGGCUCGAAGCGAAGCCGCGAUGAUGCCGACGACGGAGGUCGCAAGGGACGGCGCAGCCGGCGCAACGACGCGGUCGAGGGAGACGGCGAGGAGCGGAUGCGGAGGCUCGAGGCCGAGAGGGAGGGGGGACGCUGGGGCUAGAAGCCCUUCAUGACGGACCAAAAACAGGCCAAGCAGCCGGCGCGGUAUGAGCGGCAUCCAGGCAAGGAGGAUUGCGAGGACGGUGGCUCAGUGCAGCGCGCCGGUGAGACGGGUGCAGCCUCGCGGCGAGCCAUGAAGUUCUUGGACAGCCUGCGUUGAACCGAUGACAGAAGGUUGAUCCAGCAGCGAUCAUCAGGUGGCCUGGGAAGAAGACGAGAGAGCAUGGCGAGAGUCGUCGACAGGUCUGGCUGAUGUUAUGGGGCGAAA